AUGCCGUUUGAAGAGGCGAUCAGACGAAUGAAGGCGUACGAGGAACGGAUGGCGCGGCUCCAAGGAAACUACAAAAACUCCGAUGGACAACUUCUACUUACCCAUGCCGAGUGGAAAACAAGACAGAAAUGGAAUAACGAUGAAAACUAUUCAGUGAACAAAGAGUGCGGAUCUGGUGGUAGCGAUCGCGAAAGAUGGCAAGGACGAGGACGAAGUCAUGGUCGUGGUCGUGGUGAAGAGCGUCAAAAUAGUGCGGGAGGCACUAGCAACACCGAAAAUGGCACUCGUGACAAAAGUCACAUAAAGUGCUUCACUUGCAACAAGAGAGGACAUUAUGCAUCGGAGUGCCGCGGAAAAGGUCGUGACGAUGAAGCUCAUCUAACUUGUGUCGUCGAUGAAGAACCGACUUUGAUGAUGGCCAUCAAAGAGCGGUUGUUGCCGGAGAUGUAUCGCAACGACAAGAAUGGAGAAAAUAAUGACGUUUGGUACCUUGAUAAUGGUGCUAGCAACCACAUGACUGGCCAUUGCGAGAAGUUCCAAAAAUUGGAUGAAAGCGUCACCGGGAGGGUGAAGUUCGACGAUGGAUCAACCAUUCAGAUCAUGGGAAAAGGAACGGUCGUGUUCGAGUGGAAAAACGGUGAUCAGAAGACUCUCUAG